ACAGACUUGGAGAUGGGGGAAGAAAGUUGCUGUUUCCAAGCUGAAAGAAGUUAUUCAGACUAAUGCAUGGAUUUCAGAGACAGUUCAGACAUUGCUACAUGUGGCUGCUGCAGACAUAAGUUUGAACCAUUUAUUUGUACUACCAACUUUGCAUUCCCUCUCAGCGCCAUGGGAGCAAUCAAAAUCUCCCCAGAUUAUAACUGGUUCCGCAGCACAGUGCCUCUUAAAAAGAUCAUUGUGGACGAUGAUGACACUAAGGUUUGGUCUCUAUAUGACGCAGGUCCUCGCAGUGUGCGGUGCCCCAUUAUAUUCCUGCCUCCAGUGAGUGGCACAGCAGAUGUCUUUUUUCAUCAGGUCUUGGCAUUAACUGCCUGGGGUUACAGAGUAAUAGCUCUUCAGUAUCCUGUGUAUUGGGACCUCCUGGAAUUUUGUGAUGGUUUCCGAAAGCUUCUAGAUGAUUUGCAUCUGGAUAAGGUGAGCAUUUCUGCUGAGUCAUCAGUGAAAGAGUGUUUGGCAAGUUAUAAAGCAUAA